AUGCAUGUUGACCGCAAAACCCUCAAAUUAGAAAAAAAUGACCUAGAACACCAACGCAAACAUUUAAUAAGCGAGGCAAGAAUUAAAGAGUUGGAAAGUGAUUUAUCACUUGUUAAGGCUUUUAAUAAAGACUUACAGAAAAAAAAUGGAAGUGAACAAAAACAGAUUGACCAAUUGAAAGAGCAAUUAGAAAAACAAGCUGAAAAAUUAGAAA